AUGGGUAGCUACAUCAUUGGAGACCGUCAGGUGGUCUAUGCCCAGAGGUUCUGCGAUCAUGUGGGAUGUUACACCCCACAUGUGGGAACCUUCCGCGCUGGUAAAGGUUUCAUCCGCAAGAGCUCCAUCUAUCCCCUGGGCCGCUGCAAGGCGGGACACCUCUCGGUGCCCUGCCCGCGGAAGCCGCUGGACGUGCUGCGUGUGGUGAUGCCCGGCGCGAACUUCACCGAGCACUGCCUGGCGCUGCCGGACGUGGCGCAGCGACAGCUGAGGGGAUACACCGAUGAUGAGCAAUGGAUCGGGCAAUCCUUGCAGCCGGAGGAUGUGGAGGUCUUGCAGCAGCGGGCUGCAGAGCUGGACGCGCAGGGCUAUAUGUCCAUGGCGCCAUAUUUCAGCAGCUGCCGCAUGCCCCACUGA